UUCACCAUUGCUCACAUCAUGCCUGCGUCGCGUCGAGCAUCUCAUCGAGCGUCUAAACCCCCAACGCGCUCUGCGCCUCUCACCGCGCGAUCCUCCGUAUCUCGCGCCAUGGCGCGUCAAGCAUCGCAGGCUGAGCGGGAGACACGGUUGUCUGACCAACUCAUCAGAUAUGGGUGCCUCUGGGAAGAGCACGCCCAUUAUGUCCGUCUCAGAGAGAAGACGCCGGAGGGGUUCUCUUUGUCUUACACGCGGGCUCUGGAUCGUUGGAUCAAGGACCCAGAGUUCUCGCGGUGGCAAGGCCCGACGACGAACUACGCUGAAGAAAGGGAUAGUUACAUCGAUUGGAUAGAGGGGGUGAUCAGAUCACACUGCAAACCGGACGCAGAGAUGACGACUGAAGAUCAUUGGAUCGUCACGUUCGCCGCUUUCAGUGUAUCAGAUGUGCUGAGGUGCAAUGAGCCGUGCAUGAAGGACCCGGAGGUGAUUGGCAGGCUGAAGCCCGCCAUCGGCCGGAAGCUCGCAGAUUGUGCCCGGGCCUUCCAAGACUCCGAGCCCGAUUUUCUCAAUCAUCCAGCUCAUCCCAAGUCAAGGGGUACCGCUCCACAGCGAGUGCCGCUCCCGAACAUCGCCGACGGUUCUCUGCUCGGAGUCAUAUUCGAGUACAAGACCCGCACAAUGGCCCGCGCCCGUACCUGCAUGGUCACUGGUGUUGUGACCUCGAUUGACGACGGUGCCGAGUAUAUUAUCAAGCAUCUAACCGCGAAGGAUCCGGAUGGUGAACGGGCCAAGAAGGUGACACUAUCUGAAGACAAGUUCCGGGAGAUUUGGGGUGCCCGGGUCGAGUGAUGGACAAUUAG